AUGGCCAACUCAAAGCAGAUGGCAGAAUUGCCACGAUUUAUUCUACCACGUUUGACCUGGACUACAACAUCGCUUGUACAGGCUGCUCCCCAGACAGUGCAUAUUCGCCCAGCGAUUGAACGUAAACGCACCGCUCCAUCUUUCCAGACCCCAGCCGCUCCUCGAACGAUACACACCAGCGCCGGCAAGAGUUUGUCCGUUUCCAAGCCCUCCUCCCCCGGACACUCUCCGAGAAGACCUCGCACAUAUGUCCAGCCACUCCACCCCAACUCGGCUCCAAUUCGACACAAUGGUGUCUAUGUCGCCACAUAUAAGCCAGCACGGAAAGCAUUCUCCACGAGCGCGGUGCAGAGGAAAGAACAUCACUUCGACACGCUGAAAUUCGUUCAAAGGUUAAAGGGAGAAGGCUUCAGUGAAGAACAAGCUGUGGCGAUGAUGCGCGUCUUGAACGACGUUAUAGAAGAGUCAAUUCAGAACCUCACUCGGACCAUGGUUCUGAAAGAAGACGCCGAGAGGACAACCUAUACUCAAAAGGUGGAUUUUGCGAAGUUACGGAGCGAGCUGUCCAACGCCGACAGUACCGAGGCGCAACUGACCCGGUCGAGCCAUGAGCGAUUGUCCAGCGACCUGGCGAAACUGAGCGCAAGACUACGCGACGAGAUUGGCCGUACACAAGCUAGUGUGCGGCUAGACCUCAACCUUGAAAAGGGCAGGAUCCGAGAAGAAGCCAAUGGUCAAGAAAUGCGCAUCAAAGAGACUGAAGCCCGGAUCGAACAAGAAGUCGCCGGACUUAGAGAACGUGUAGAGGCGGUCAAGUUCUCAACCUUGCAAUGGCUGAUGGGCGUUUGCACGGGUACAGCAGCGUUGAUUCUCGGUGCCUGGCGUCUGUUGAUGUGA